AUAAAACAUGUAACAAAAUUCAACCAAUCAAGAAGAUGGUUAGCCUAAUAAUCUUAUAGAUAAUUUAGAAUUCUAAUCAGUUCUUGAUAGUAUUUGUUACUUCUAACUAUUUUCAAGUUUUAAAUUUAGAGGAUGAUUAAUUUCAAGAGGAAAUACCAAAUUCAAAGGACUGCAUCUAAGAAGGAAAUAAAUAAUAAUAAAAAUAAAUAUACACAAUCAAUUAAGAAAUAUGUUAAAAUGAUGAUUAAAGACCUUAAUUAGAUUUAGAAGGCGAAUUUUAAAAAGUUAGUCCUCAUUUUUUGGAAACAAAUUCUGUAAUUUUUAAAUUACUAUAUAUUUCCAGACAUAUUAUUGCACUCUAAAGUCAAGACGAUUUACAUAUUAUAAUAUUAAAAAUAAAGAAAAACCUUUAGGAAUUCUCGACUUUGAUUUUUAAAAAUACAUCUUUACUUAUGUCAAAUCUAAAGAUGAAGCAUAUAUUCAAAGUUUUAUGUAUAGAUUUAAAUAUAAAAGAUUAUAGCCAGACGGCUGUGAGAAGAAAUUUGAAUUUGUUGUUCCAAGUAGAACGAGAGAAUAAUCUAAAUAAUGGGUCUCAUUAAUUUAACAGUAUAUCUAGUAAUCAAUUGGAUGUUAAAAUAAUAUAAUGAGCAUGUCAAAAUAUCAUAGAUUUUGGAGACAUGAAAGAAUUUUAGAUCAUCAAAUUUUAGAUUAAGCUUAAACAGGAGAUUUACUUAUAUUUCGUACCAAAGGAACAUUAUAAAAUUUAUAAAGAUCUAUCACUAGAAGUGAUUAUGAUCACAUUGUAAUGUUUCUAAAAAACCCUUGGGAAGAUCUAAUGCUUUUUGAAUCUAGUAAUCAGUAUGGGGUUAUCACCUUUAGUUUUAGUAUUAUUUUAUAAUUUUAGAUAGAACGUUUUACUAGAGCUAAGUCAUACAAAAAUUAUGAAAAGUAAUAUUUCUAUUAAAUUUAAGGAUUUUAUAUAAACCCUUACUGAAUGUAUCUGAAAAUGAUCGUAUUCUUAUGCAUGCUUACGCUGAAGCACAAAUUGGUAAAGGCUACUCUUUGAGCAUGAUGAAAUUCUUUAAGAAAAGUAAAAGAUAAAACUUUUUUUGUUCUGAACUUAUUGCUUAUAUAUAUCAACUUAUGGGAUUCAUACCAGAAACAGAAAAAUGUUGUUCAUUUCUACCAGGUUUACAAUUAAAUCUUUUGUAUCUUAGGCAAUUUUACUGAUGAAGAUAAACGAUUAGAUUUACUCAGAUCUGCUUAACUAGGACCUGACUAUAUUGUAGAUUUUUAUUAUGUAU